AUGGUGCCGGUGUCGGUUGUGGUGGUUGUGGCGGUUGUGGUGUUGAUGGACUUUGUUUUUGAUUUUAUCAUGGUGGUGGUGCUGGUGGUGGUUGUGCUGGUGGUGUUGGUUUUCCUUGUAGCUGUGGUUGUGCUGGUGUUGGUUGUCGGUGGUGCUGCAGUCCAUCACUUGCUUCACCCGAACGACCAUGCUGCCAGCCUGGGUAAUGCUGGUGGGACACGUCUGCUCACUCAAGCUUUGCUCAUGGCCUGUGAGCAACAUGGACACGAUCAGGAGGAGCGCCGUGUGCUGUCGGGGCUUGCCGAUGCACUCCCAGAAGAAGUGGCCGUCUUGCUGCGCAAGACCAGCGCAGGGCUGCUCGGCUCAGCGCAGAUGACGAAUGUUCCCACGGUCCCAAUCACUCGAACCCUUGGCACUUUCCAGGAGCUGUCAAUUCUUCGCCGGGCUCUUCGCGUCGAGCCCAACUCACCAGAUGCUGUGCUGGAGGCCAUGAGUGAUUUCGGCCAAGAGCUUGGCGAAGCUGGAGCAUGGGCGAAGUUUGCAGGCGGCAGCAAGGCGCAGAGCCUUUUGGCAGCUCUCGGCGGUGCCGCACCUGGCAGAGGGCCGCCAGAGGUCUUAGAGAUCGGGACAUAUUGCUCCUACUCGGCGAUCUCAAUCGUCACGGGCAGCUCCGCGCAGGUGACGUCCAUUGAGAUCGACCCUAUACUCGUUGCGAUUGCACGAGGCAUCAUCACGCACGCGGGCCUGUCCAGCAGAGUCCGCGUUUGGACGGGACACUCGCGGCUUCUCCUGCCGCUGCUGAUGCAGCGCAGACAGCAAGAGAGGCCCACCGCACCCUGGUUCGAUGCGAUGUUUAUUGAUCGCUGGGGCACUCAAUACCCGGAGGAUCUUGACUUCGUGGAGAAGCUCGGGCUCUUGAGGCCUUCAGGUGCACUUCUCGUCGCGGACAACGUUCUCCGAACGGCGGCUGCGCACUUCCUCUGGCGUCUCACCACAGACAAGGUGCAGCAACCCUCCGGCAAGCUGCAGCGAAUUUUUGCAUCGCGAACGGUCGAAGUCAACGAGGUUGGUGAUGCUUCCGAUGUGGAUUGGAUGUCGGUCAGCGUAACUUUGCGCGGCAUUCCUGACGAGCAGGCCUUGGUGAGGGAGCAGGUGCCAGAUGAAUUGGAGGAGCUGCAACGGGUGUCCGAGCUCAUGCGCUUGCGGACGACCAAGGCAGGCAGCUUUGUUUCUUUCGCGGAGAUCCAGGAGCUGCGACAGGGAG